ACGACUCGGUUCUUUAGAAUAAUUGAAAAUAAUCUGCUCUUAAGAAUCACGUUUUGUCGAAGGCAGAUAAACAACCGCUCUGAGUCGAGGAUGUUCUGGGAAGUGGGCGGAAUAUGCGGUGUGAAUAGGCAGGUGUUGAAAAACUUCCAAACAGUAUACUUCGACUGCUACAGCUCGUGCGAUCAUGAUAUUGUACACUGAUAUUAAAGUAUUCGAAAUUAAAUAAUUCACGCGACUAAAUCUGCUGAUCAGCCUACAGAUUUGUGUGCUGACUGGGGAUAUGGAAUGGCUGCAGCUUUUUUGUAUUAGGCACAAGAAUGAUGCCUUCUUCGCAGUGCUUGCAAUAUAGAUAUAUUUCUCCAUUUGGCCACCACAGUUUACAAUCCCUCAAUUUUCCAGAAGAGAACGACGAGGCUAUGGAGAAAGUCAUUACUGAGGACUCCAUCUGUGUCUCAAACUCCACCGAUUCCCAACUCUCUCAUGCCGACUGUUGCAUGUCUGGAAAUGAGUCCUCUUUGAGUGCACAGACUGACUUCACAGAUAUCUGCAGAGACAAAAAGACCAACUACAGAUCCACACAGACCAGCUACAGCCCGUACCAGCCCCCGCUAGGUCUACCCUCUGGCUACAGUCCCCAGACACCUUUUCCUAGUCAGACGGAAGCAUGUCUGAGCACCCUAGAGCCGCACAACGGGAACCUGCUCCACUCAAGUUCCGUGGGCAGCGGUUCGGUGGAAUACCUUAGUGGCAACCUCUCCUCUUGCUUAGUGUCUGGAAAUUACUGCAGUUAUUCUGGUAAUUCCAGCUACGCUUGCUCUCCAGAUAGGCACAGUCUGGGAGAGGGAAGUCUAGAACAGCCGCGUUCACUACACUCUAUCCCAAAUGCGUUCGCGCCUCACAGCUACUGCAUGCCUCCGCACCCCUGCGCGUCCCGCGGGCCGCCCUGCUGUAGUCAAUACCCUGUAGAUGUGUAUCAAAUGGAUCAGGGCUCUUAUUACAGGCCACAUUACCACACGCCCUGUUGGCCUUUAAGCCCUGAAAACAGCAGACAAUCAGCCUCGGAGUUCACUUAUAGUGGCCACACCUCUCCUCACCCUCGAGCUAAACUAACCCCAAGCACAGCCCCUCUAUCCCUGGAGCAGAGGAAGGUGUUUGUUACUUACGAAGCAGACAGUGAAAAACAUGUCAAAGAGAUCAUCAACUUUGUUGCCCUACUGAGACACAACGGCUUCUACACUCAUAUUGACAUGUUUGAACAACAGUUCAAGAGCAUAAGCAAGAUUGACUUCAUGGAGAGAUACAUCAGUGAAAAAGACUAUCUGAUCAUCAUAGUCAUUAGUCCAAAGUACCAUGAGAUUGUGACCAAUGCCUCGUUUUGCAUGGAAAAUGAUGAAACACUCAACACUGUCUACAUACACAAGCAGUUACAAAACGAGUUCAUUCAGAACGGUGCCAGGAAUUACAGAUUCAUCCCCAUCUUGUUUCCUGGUGCCAAGAAGUGUCACGUCCCUUCAUGGCUUCAAAGCACACAAAUCUUCACCUGGCCCAGAGACCGUGAUGACAUUCUUCGUAGACUCAUGCGUGUUGAGAAGUACAACCCUCCACCCAUCGGAGAGCUGCCCACUAUUGUCUCCAUCCCAAUUUAGGUGGUUAAGUUUGCUUAUGUAUGUACAUGCUUCUGCAUCACAUUAGGAACAUUUGGGGGGGGGGGGUAACAGAAGUUACCUUCAAACCAAGCAGCUUUCUGAUGGUCAUUGAUACAAAUUAAUGAUACCAACUUGAACUUGUUGCGAAAUCUGCAUGGGGAAAUCUUUUGCUCCAUGUCAGGUUCCUGAUCUUGUGGAUUUCUAUUGAAAUGACUGGAUUUUUCCACAAACAUUCGACAAACAGUGAUAAAUGUGACAGCAUUUUUGGACUUAAUGAAACUUUCUGUAACAUACCCAAUUGCUAUAUAAGAAAGAUUUUAAGAUAGAAUUACUAAGGUAGACCAGAAAUCUUCAGAUGCAAACAUUUUCACAUGCUUCUUGCUGUUGUGAGAACCUGAAAGAAGCCGGUACUACAAUAUCAUCACACACUGUAUAGUUUAUUUUAAAAAAUGACUUGUGUGUUGUGCCUUAGAAUUUCUGUUUGAGUCAUUAGUAAUGUGCCAGAUUUUUUAUUAUUUUUUUUAUUGUCAGCAUCACAUGGAGAUUUCAUGGCCAUUCAUGUUCUUAGAUGAUCGUGGCUUUUUCCUUUUAAUAAAUGAAAGAAUUCA